AUGGUAGUCACUACUCGUUCUGCAGCAAAACGUCACUAUCAGUCAACUAAUAGUUCUAUCAAUACAAUUGCAAGUGAACCAGUGGCAGCGAAACGUGUUUGUGGAAAGAAAAAACAAGAUGAACAACCAACAUCAGUAUCCAACCUUAUACCACCACCAAAAUCACACACAACAACAGCUUCAUUAACAUCGUCAGUCAUCAAUGUAUCAUUACCAACAUCAACUGUUAAGAAUAAAUCAUUGUUGGUAGUUUCACCAUCUAAUACUUCAUUUCCAUCUUCAUCAUUGUCUGACACAUUAUCUUCUAUAACGGAACAAGAUAAGCCAUCUGAAAAUAAUGAUGAAAAAGAAUUACAAGAAGAAACAAAAUGGUCAGUUGUUGUAGAUAAAAUUGAAUGGUGUAAAACUAGUCGUGGCAAUGAUCGUUUAUGUAUGGGUGGAUACACCUAUGAUUUAAUAUCUUGUUCAUUAAAAAAUAACAGUAGUCGUUAUCGUUGUUCGAAAAAAGAUAUUGGUUGUCGUUCCGUAGUUUACAUAUCUCUUGGUUCAAAUACAUUUAAAAAUUCAAAUAAUGUAGAACAUAAUCAUCCACCAAAUCAUAGUGAUGUUAAGCGUCUAUUGGUAAUGCAAAAAAUUAAAGAAAGAGUGACAACAGAACCAACAUCUGUUAUUCGUAUAAUCGAAGAUGAAUAUGUGAAACACCAUUUGACUGAUGAUGAUCGAUAA